GUAUAGAAAUUUGUCAGACCUCGACAGUGAAUGUAAUCGUACCAGUCUAUAGCCCUUAGCUACAAAAAUGGCGGACGAUCAGGACAAGAACUCUUUGACAGGUGGAGAAAAUAUGGGAGAGGAAAACCAUCAGCCAGAAAUCCCCGAAAAUGUUCAGAAAAUCAUAAAUGGUGAGAAGGAGGCAGAGGGUGGACCAGCCAAACGGCCAAAGGUGGACCUACAGUCGCUGCCGACUCGAGCGUACCUCGACCAGACCGUUGUGCCCAUUCUCCUGCAAGGAAUGUCCGUGCUAGCUAAAGAAAGACCACCAAAUGCAAUCGAGUUUCUUGCAGCGUACCUUCUGAAGAAUAAGAACUCUUUUGAAUGACCUAUGCAAAUCGUGAUAUUAAACAACGUUCCAGCCCAUUGAUUGUGCUGUCUGUAUAUAUGUGUCACAUCGUACAUUAAGUGUCGUCACUUUGGAAAUUACUUCAGGGAAUCAUGGCUGAGUGAUUUGUGUGUCUGUCGUAUUUUUGCUCAUUGAGAUUUUUUUUGUCUUUGUUUUGGUUAUUUAUAUUUCUUUAAAAAGUCUCAUUCUUUAUAAUGAAAUUGGGGAAUUCACUCUAGAAUAAAAUUAUAUAUUGCA